AUGGUUACGACACGGUCUGCGAGCACGCCCAAUGGCAAAGUUAACGGCCGUGCCAACGGACACGCCAACGGGAACCUCAACGGUCACUCAGUGAAGGCAUACAAGCCUGCCGUUGAGACAACCGAUCGAUCAAGAUGGCGGAUGCUCGAUGAAGAUGGCAGACACACCUGGCACUACUUAGAAACAGAUGAGCAGGUGGAAAAAUGGCCACAGUCGAUCGCCGACAAGUACUUUCUUGGAUUGGACACAGGACUGCCACCAUUGUCGAGGCCUACGAAACCGUCCGAGGCUGUGAACAAUGUACUAGAGUUCUACUCGAAGCAACAACUGCCCGCGGGUCACUGGGGCUGCGAGUACGGAGGGCCACAGUUCUUGAUCUCGGGCUUCGUCUUCGCAUGGUACGCGACCAACACGCCUAUCCCAGAACCAUAUCGGAUCGAAUUGAAGAAUUACAUCUUCGCUACCCAACAAAAGGAUGGCGGAUGGGGUUUACAUAUUGAAGGAGUCUCGUCUGUCUUUGGCACAGGCAUGUACUACGUUGCUCUACGCAUCUUGGGCGCUGAUCCGGAAGAUCCACGUCUGAUCAAAGCUCGAGGGAAGUUGCACAGUAUGGGCGGUGCCCUGAGUGGGCCGCAUUGGCUGAAGUGGUGGUUCAGCAUACUGGGAAUAUCACAGUGGGAACUUCCCAAUCCCGUUCCUCCAGAGCUGUGGCUUCUGCCUGACUGGACGCCUAUAUCGCCUUGGAGAUGGUGGAUUCACAUACGCCAAAUCAUGCUUCCUAUGAGCUAUCUCUGGUCAAAACAAUGGGUAGCGCCAGAAACAGAACUGAUCCGACAGUUGCGACAGGAGGUCUACACAACACCUUACGAGUCGAUCAACUGGGAUUCGCAUCGCAACGACAUAUCCCAAUUUGACGACUACCACCCGAAGACAUGGCUUCUCAAACUCAUUUAUCUGCUCAUCGUCUGGAUCUGGAUUCCCUUCCUUCGAACUGCAUCAAUCGCUAAGAGAGCCGAAGCAUGGACCUGGAGACUUAUCCAAUACGAGGACGCAAACACAGACUAUGCUUGUCUGGCUCCCAUAAACGCAUCCAUGAACACACUCGCCUGUUACGUCGAAGAAGGCCCGGACUCAUACUCCUUCAAACGCCACCUGGACCGUCUCCACGACUACUGCUGGAUGAGCCACCGCGGCAUGCACGUGAACGGCACCAACGGCGUGCAAAAUUGGGACACAAGCUUCACCAUCGGCGCCGUCGUCGAAUGCGGCCUCGCCAAAUCCCCCAAAUGGCGACCCAUGCUUGAGAAAGCCCUUGCCUACUUCGAGCGCCAACAACUCCUCGAUGAAGUCCCCGACCGCGAGAUCUGCUACCGCGCUGAGCGCAAGGGAGCUUGGACAUUCAGCAACAAGGACCAAGGCUACACCGUCAGCGACUGCACUGCCGAAGGCCUUCGCGCCGUUCUUCUCUUGCAGAAUGAAACCGGCUACAAAGCCGUCGUGCCUGAAGAACGCAUAAAAUGGGCCGCCGACCUCCUUCUGACCAUGCAGAACAAACACUCCGGCGGCUGUUCCAGCUACGAGAUCCAGCGCGGGUCAGAGUACCUCGAAAUGCUCAACGCAGCCGAAGUCUUUGGCCGCAUCAUGGUCGAGUACGACUACGUGGAAUGCACGACCGCCGUCGUCACAGCACUGUCGCUCUUCCAGAAACACUACCCAGACUACCGCGCCGCCGACAUCCAACACGUCAAAGCUCGCGCCGUGAAAUACGUAAAGUCCGCUCAGCGGCCCGACGGCAGCUGGUACGGCUCCUGGGGUGUGUGCUUCACGUACGCGGCCAUGUUCAGCCUUGAGUCGCUCGCGCAUAUCGGUGAGACGUACGCCAACAGCGAGUACUCCCGAAAAGCGUGCAAGUUCUUGAUCGACCACCAGAUGGCGGAUGGUGGGUGGGGCGAGAGUUAUUUGUCCAGUGAUGAGAAGCGGUGGGUCGAUCAUCCGGAGAAGAGUCAGGUUGUACAGACUGCGUGGGCGGUCAUUGCGUUGAUGUACGCGGAAUACCCAGAUAAGGGACCGAUCAAGAGGGCACUGCAGAUGGUCAUGGGGAGGCAGCAGGCGAAUGGAGAGUGGUUGCAGGAGGCGAUUGAGGGGGUGUUUAAUUGUUCUUGUAUGAUCAGCUACCCGAACUACAAGUUCAUCUUCCCGAUCAAGGCGUUGGGUAUGUAUAUGAAGCGCUAUGGGGACGAGGUGCUGCAAUAG